AUGUCCGAAUCUACCUACGCAGUUCAGGUGUCCAACAUUUCUCCGGUUACGACAAAAGAGCAUCUGACAGAAUACUUUUCCUUCUGCGGGAAGAUAGCCUCUGUUGACUACUCCGAGUCAGCACAGUCUGCUAUCAUCCACUUCGAGAAGCCUUCAGCUGCGCAAACGGCACUCAUGCUGAAUGGUGGCAGACUUGACAGCGCCAAUAUAACUGUGACUAGCGAGAAAGAGCAUCCCGACGAGGGUCCUUCCACGCGUACAGGCGAAGCUCUCGACCAGAGCGACAAGCCGAGAGCUGGGAUCGCUGCGGAAUAUCUUGCCCGUGGAUACGAGCUCUCUGAGCUUAUCUUGCAGCGCGCCAUCGAGAUGGACAACAAGCACGGAAUCUCUAAACGCUUCUUGGAUUUCAUCCACUCACUCGAUGUCGGCCUAGGGGCAAAGACGCUUGGUCCACAGAAGACGCUUUCUGGGAAAAUGCAAGAGACCGUGGCAGAUGCGAAGCAGCAGGCACGCACCUUGGACGAGCAGAAGGGAUACAGCAAUACAGCUCAAAAUUACUACUCCCGCGCGCUCUCUUCGCCUCUGGGCCGUAAAGUAAUGGAUUUCUACACGACGACUUCCAAACAGAUUCUGGAUAUCCAUGAGGAGGCACGUCGUAUUAAUGACGCACAUAAGCAAGAGGAGGAAACGACUCCAGGCGAGGCCAAUACCGAGUCUUCGACUGGCGAGGGCGUGGUUCCUCCCCCCUCGACUCCUGAAGGGUUCCGCACUGUUCCUGCGCCUGGUUCUGCGGGGAGUGGAAUAACAGGAGCAGAAGUGAAAACAGAUGAAGCGGCCCCAACUGUAAUGUGA